AAGGGUCAAAUCAGAGAGCGAGCUUGACUUCCUUGCUAGCUAGCGGUGCAUUGAGAUAGUGGCGAAUAUCCCGGAAAAUACCACUUUUUAUUGAGAAGGAACCACAGGGAAGUCGUCUUCUUCCGGCUCUGCAUAGGUGUGGUUGUUCUAUGGGCUUCGAAAGUAUCAAAUGGUGGUGUAAUUCCUCGGUAAGCGUGAUUUUGGAGCUGCACGGGCCAACACACUCUCACUGGCCUGGGAAAUUUUAACCGUGCAUGGUGGAUAUGGAGGGCAUGAAGCCGAAGCAGUGUGUUCGCUACAGCGGCGCUGCUGCAAUGCUGCAUCAAGUCUAAAGCCUGCAAAUCGUGUAUGCAAGGAUGCAUUGAAUAAAGUUCUUCUUACUUUCUAGUGUGUUGCCUUGGAACUCGUGAGAUGUAGGUGCACUACUCAUCCAGUGUGACUGACAGGAAGAUAUUAGAUAAAUAAAAACAGGUCCAUUUUGGCGUAACGUUCAAAGUGGUUAUGAUGUCUCUACCAUACUCUCUUGAUAAAUUGACAGUUUUAAAAUAACCAUCGAAAUUUGAUUGGCUGUAGAAAAUACAACAUGGUGGGUUUGACAUUACAGACUGGAUCAGUCUUGACCAACACAAAACUCAAGGAUUAGUCACCAGCAUUGGCCCGUUUCAGGGUCCCUUCGGAAACGUGACUGCAUUUUUUGUCGAUGAUGUGACAAUUUUUCAUUAUCAUCCUGCAGUCAGUGACUUUUUUUUUAGCAAAUCAUUUUUCAAAAUCCCCGAGUGCCGCCGAGGGAAACAUGGCGGCUAAGCUACGAGAACUUGUCAGCAAGAACAAGACCCGGUACACCGAUGGAAACUUCGACCUGGAUUUGACCUAUAUCUGUAACAAUGUCAUUGCGAUGGGAUUCCCCGCACAGAGUCUGGAGAGCGUCUACAGGAACGACAUGGAAUCUGUGGUCAAAUUCCUGGACCAGAAACACCCACAUCACUACAAAGUCUAUAAUUUAUGUUCAGAGCGCAAUUACGACACAUCCAAGUUUUACAAUCGGGUGGCCCACUACCCGUUUGACGACCACAAUCCGCCGAAGAUCGAGCUCAUCAAGCCGUUUUGCAACGACGUGGAGAGAUGGUUGAUGGAGGACAAAGACAACGUCGCGGUCAUCCACUGCAAAGCAGGAAAGGGGAGAACGGGUGUGAUGAUAUGCGCGUUGCUCUUACAUCAAGGGAAAUGCAAGACGGCCGAAGAGGCAAUGGAGAAGUACGGGGAGAAGAGGACACGAGACGGAAAGGGCGUAACCAUUCCAAGCCAAAGGCGCUACGUACAGUACUACGGGGAGAUUAUCCGAAGCAAGCUGAACUACGAGAUGGUCCCGCUGCUGCUCCAGAGAGUACAGCUGGAGACGGUGCCCAUGAUCAGCAACGGCUCCUGCACUCCCUACUUUGUGGUCUACCAGCAGAAAGUCAAAGUCCACACCUCGGAAGUUGUCAAGGGGAUCAAGAGAGGGGAGAGGAUUAUUGAGUUUGACAUUCCCACCACGGUGCCGGUCUGCGGCGACGUCAAGGUUGAGUUCUUCCACAAAACAUCCAUGCUUGACAAGAAAUCAUUGUUCCACUUUUGGUUCAACACAUUCUUCGUGGUCCACCCCGUCACGGAGCUGGGCCGGCCCGGGUCCGGGACCUGCAACACGGAGACGGUGCCGCUGGCCAACGGCAGCGAGGAGCUGGUCAUGGGUCUGAACAAAGACGCCCUGGACAAGGCCAACAAGGAUAAGACCAAUAAACUCUACUCCCCAAAUCUCAAGAUCCGGUUAUACUUCACGCGGGGCAACGAGGGCGACAUGGACAAGCGCUCGCCGAACCACGAAGACAACCUGAGUCCCUGCGGCAGCUCCAACGACCUGCUGGAGAUGGAAUCCUCAGAGUCGGAGGAAGAACCUUGCGAGGACUGGCCCUGCGAAGACGGAACCAUCACGUUGGUAUGAUGACGGCCACACGGUCCCCCCCCCCCCCCCUCCCUCUUCCUCACUCUCCUCCCCUAGGUGCGGUGCACGAACUCCCUGCAUACACACAUUCUACCGUCUGUGCAUGGACAGACAUCCGUGUUUGUGUCUCUCUCCCAGGGUACCAGACUAUCUCGGUUAGACUAACAAAGACAAGCCCUAGGCUUAGUCACAAUCUCCUGUCUAGAGCUACAGUCUAGGAUUCUGGAUAUAACUACAUUGGGAUCAUGGUAGCAGUAGCCUUAGCCAUAGGAACCAGUCCGCAUCACCCAUUAGUAAAUUCUUCCUAGGAUUUUAGCCUGUGAUGGUUGAUUUAAAAAAAA